AAACAAUGGGGUCAGCAAGCUGCUACGUGCCCAAGCGCCAAACUUCAUCCUGUUUUUGUGCAAAUAAGAAUAAAAUAGAUGAUGAUAAUGCCAAAGAGUAUAUCAAAAACAAGUAUAACAUUGAAGCAAAAAUUAACGAUGAAGGAAACUACAGUGUGAUCUUCAGAGCAUCUCUGAAGGAAGACCCUGAGAAAAAGUUUGCUAUAAAAUGUAUUUCUAAGAAAUAAAGCUGUUGGAGAAAUAGCCAAUGCCGUUAGAGAUGUGGAUAAGUUGAUUCAAAUUCCACAUCCUAAUAUUAUUAGGUACUAUGAGAGAUAUGAGGAUAAAUAAGACCUUGUUCAUUGUGGUGGAGUACUGUGGAGGGUUCAUGCCUGAUGGAGAUAAUGUAGAGGCCUAUAGGAGCCAUGAGUCGCUUUUUGAUAUACUUAUGAAAGUUACGGGUGAUGGAGUGGCGUUUAGUGAGUAUGAAGCAGCCCUUGUGCUGAAGAAACUUUUACAAACGAUAAAUUUUUGACAUAUGAAUAAAAUUGCUCAUAAGGAUAUUAAGCCAAAGAAAAUUUUAUUUACGCAAGAAGGAGAUCUGAAGUUAAUUGAUUUUGGGUUGUCUAAAUGGAAGUCAACAGGGAAGAUACAUACCACAAGUGGAACUCCUUACUAUCUUGCUCCAGAAGUGAUUCUUGGAGUCAGGACCUCGAAAUCAGACAUAUGGUCACUCGGGAUUCUUCUAUAUUGUCUUCUUAGUGGAAGUCUUCCUUUUGUCAGCGAUUCUCAAGAAACAGUUUAUGAAAAGGCAAAAGAAGCGGAUGUACAUUUUGACGGUAAAAUUUGGGGUACAGUUUCUUAUGAAGCACAAGACCUCAUCAGCAAAAUGAUAGAUAGAGAUUACCACCAUAGGUACAACACUGAGGAAUGUCUCAGUCAUGAGUGGUUCAUGAACUCUUUAUCUGAGGACAGUCGUACAAAGUCAGAGAGUUGGAAAUAAGGAUUUCUGUACAUUAGAACCAACUGGCAAAAAUGGUAAAUAAGGGAGGUUCUAGAAAGAAAAUCCCCAUGAUUAGAAAAUCUAACUUUUCUGCCUUUAUUCUCAAGUGAGAGGUUGAGUUCUCUCUCGCGAAGGUGAUAGAGUCUAAGCUUGAGUAUCAAGAGAUUAAUGAGCUGGGUGUUCGAUUCGACCAAAUCUCGGAUUCAAAUAAUUUAAUAGACUCUCAGAUACUAAUAAAUGAACUUCAUGAGAUAAACAGCAACAUUGAGAAAGCAAAGAUUAAAAAGCUUCUGGAGUAUUUGGAAGAAAAAGAUAUACUAUAUGAUAAAAUUCACUAUAACCAGAUUAUGAAUGAAAUCAAAAUUUUGAAGGAGUUCAAGAAGAGGGACCAGAUUAGGAUGGUAUACUAUCAAUUCUGAGAUGAAAAGACAAAUACUCUACCAGUAAAGCAUUUUGGGGAGAUUUUUGAGCAAUUUUUGAUUCCCAAGAGUGAGGAGGAAUUAACUAAGAUCCAUGAAGACUAUCUUGAUGAGAAAUGGAUUAAAGAAUCUACUCAUGUGUCUUUUCCAAGAUUUAAAGAGAUGAUGAUUGAUCUCCUGCACGAAAAUAAUACCAAUGAUUCUUCUUUUGAAUAGAAAUUUUUUACUAAUAAUAGAACAUUUUAACCAAUUCCCCAAUGUUUAAAAGCAAAUUAUCAAUAAAA